AUGCUCUCACGUGUUGCUGCUGUGGAGGCACCCCGCACACACAACCGUCGCCGCGUGACCGGAUCCAGCGGGAGGAGGAGGGAAGGAAGAGAGAGUGAGCCGCAGAGGCCCAACAUGUCCCGGCGUGUGUUUGCUUCCGCGGUGCUACUCCUCCUCGUCGUGAUGGUGUGCUGCGGCAGUGGUGCUGCGGGAGUUGCGGGGCAGCCAUCAGAGCCAAGGUUUCAAUGGAGGGGCAUCAAUGAGAGUGGAGAUGAAACUGUGGACUCGUUGGGUGCUCCCAGCCUUCUAAAAGUGGGGAGUGACGUAUUUGUCGUUGCCGAGGCGCAGUGCAAGAACGGUGGUGUCAGUUUUACUGGCGUUGCAUCUCAAGUUCUCACGACAAAAACUACUGACAAGCCGGAGGAAGCGCUGACGGAUCCCAAAGCUAAGACACAAUUACUGGAGGAAGGCACUUCCACAGAGGUGAAGAAAGUGGAUGUGAGCCGACCAACAACAGUUGUGAAGGGAAAUGAUAUUUACAUGCUUGUUGGAAAAUACAGCCGGAAAGCUGUCACUGGUGUUCAGGAGAGAGAUGCAGUUGACUGUGGAUUUUUGCUGGUGAAAGGGGAAGUCGGUGGUGAAGAAAGUGGCGGUGGCAAAGGAAUCCAGUGGAAGGAUACCAAAAGUCUCCCGCAGACACCUUUCUGCGAGCAACACGAAUUUUUAACAGGACUGAUUGGUAGCGGUGGAUCGGGUGUUAAUAUAAAUGACGGUACGCUUGUGUUCCCAGUGGAAGGGACGAAGAAUAAUGGGAAGAACGUUUCGCUGAUCAUAUACUCCUCAGACAUUGCGACUUGGACGCUGUCGAAGGGGAUGUCUGACGAUGGCUGCAGUGUUCCCUCCGUCGUGGAGUGGGAGAAGGACAAAAAACUCAUGAUGAUGACUGCGUGUGAUGACGGCCCUCGCAGGGUGUACGAGUCCGGUGACAAGGGGGAGUCGUGGACGGAGGCACUCGGGACCCUCUCGCGCGUGUGGGGCAGCAAAAAAAGGGAUAAAAACGUGAAACUCGUUAGAAGCGGGUUCACCACAGCGACGAUCGACGGUGUCGAUAGUGAUAAGAGAACUGUGAUGCUCGUUACUCUGCCGGUCUACUCCAAAAAAGAGAAAAAUGGAAACAGCAAUGGAAAAAGUGUACUCCAUCUUUGGCUGACGGACAAUACGCACAUUGUUGAUAUUGGGCCGGUAUCCGAUGAUGAGGACGCUGCCGCCAGCUCCCUGUUGUACAGAAGUGGUAAGGAUGGUGAUGAUAAGAAGGAGGAGUUGAUUGCACUUUACGAGAAGAAGGGCGGUGAGAAAGAAACAUCACCCGGUAUGGUCUCUGUGAUUCUGACUACGCAGCUGGAGCGGGUGAAGGAGGUGCUGAAGACAUGGAAUGAAGUGGACAAACGUGUCUCCAAGCUGUGCCCUUCUGAGAAUGCUAAGGAGGAUCCCUCACCUGCCACUGCCUGCGGCGCCGCCAUUCCGACGGAUGGGCUGGUUGGCUUUUUGUCCGGCAAGUUCUCUGAUGGCAGAUGGAGGGACGAGUACCUCGGCGUGAACGCCACAGUAAAGAAGAAUGAUGGGGUGGAGAAAAAGGAAAAUGGCGUAACAUUUAAAGGGCGUGGUGCGUGGGCGGAGUGGCCUGUUGGCGCGCAGGGGCAGAAUCAGCUGUACCACUUCGCGAACUACAACUUCACUCUUGUGGCGACGGUGUCCAUCCACGGUUUGCCAAAGGACGGAGAUAACUCCAUUCCAUUGAUGGGUGCGAAGGUGAAUGAUAAUGGGAAGACUGUACUCCUGGGACUGUCGUACAACAACAAAGAAAAGAAAUGGAUGCUACUGUGCGAUGGCAGAGAGAACAAGUGGCUCAGCGGCCCUUGGGAGCCAGGGAAAACACAACAAUUGGCCAUUGUGCUACAGAACGGUAACCAGAGCACCGCGUACGUCGAUGGUGAGCGCGUGGGGGGCGAAACGUGUUCACUGGAAAAUACGGAGUCAAACGAGAUCUCGCACUUCUACAUUGGAGUGGGUGGAGGCGACGCAGAAAGCCGAGAAGAAGUGUCCGUGACUGUGAAGAACGUCCUGCUGUAUAACCGCCCGUUGAAUGAAGCAGAAAUUGGUGCCCUCAACCCGAAUAAAGCCUCCAUUCCGCCUCCGGUAGGUGGAAGUGCGCAAGGAACAUUGUUGCAAUCUCCUUCUGACGGGCAACCGCCGUUGGGGCGUGAAUCGUUGAAUGAAGAUGGGGGUGUGGGCAGUGGCGGUGUAUCCACGUCAGCAGUUUCCACCGCCACUCCGUCGGCAGGGGAGGGUUCUGUAAAGCAGUUGGCGUUGCGAACAUCUUCCGGCGGAAGUGAAAACGUGGAUGUCGUUUCUUCACCCGAUGGUGAUCCAACGGUGGGAGCGGAAGCUGGAGAUACGGUGCCGGGAGACAGACCACCUCAAACUUCUGCGGGCACUCCCGCCACAGCAGGCGCAAACGCUCCUACCGCUGAAACCGAGGGACAAUUUGACCCCGCAGUGACAACUGGGGUGAGCGUGAGCUCCGGUGAGAGUGGGGAGACGGUGGGAGGAAGGGAUGGGCAGGAAGAUGUCCAUUCACGGGUCAGGGAAGUUAAUGCCACGGCACCCAGCAGCAGCCUCGGAAAUGUGUCGCAGGGGAAUAACAGCGAUGCUGGCACUAUGCGUGAGAGCGGACUGCUGCCGCUGCUUCUUUUGCUGGGAAUUUGGGUGGUUUCGGCUCUGUGA